AUGCCAUUACCCUAUUCCCCGCGUCGUCCGGUGCAUCAACCCCCGCGACCUAUGCGAAAUAUUCUCCUGUUCCUUAUCGCCUACCGCCUUGUGAACGCAUUCACGGUACGGACCUUCUUCCAGCCAGAUGAAUACUUCCAGUCGCUAGAACCCGCGUGGGAAAUCGCCUUUGGCAAAGAUCAAGGGGCCUGGAUAACAUGGGAAUGGCGGCACCAACUACGAUCCUCCCUCCACCCCCUCUUCUUUGCGGCCCUCUUCAAAGCCGCGGAUUUCCUCGCGACAAUCCUUGGGACCUCCCCUGCGAUACGUGCUGAGCUUCUUAUCGCCGUUCCCAAGGCCGCACAAGCUGUGAUCGCCGCUAUCGGUGAUUACCACACGUGGAAGUUGGCGGUCCGCGUCUAUGGAACAGAUUCCCGCGGAGCAUGGACAACAUUGGCGGCUACUGUCCUGAACCCCUGGCAGUGGUUCUGCUCUACAAGGACGUUGUCCAACUGCCUCGAGACCACCCUCACGAUCGCCGCCUUGGAGCUAUGGCCAUGGAAAUGGUCGGCGGGUACCACAACUGAUAAUGGACCAGGAAACAUUGCGAUCAAGAAGGGCCAGGAGGGGACUAACACCCUAAUUCAACGGUAUGACUGCAGAUCAAGCAUAGCAACGGCAGCCACUGACGUACUCUGCAGCCUCCACCGGUGUCUACCACUGGCAGCUUUGGCUUGUAUAUUGCGACCAACCAAUGUUCUGAUCUGGGCAACUCUGGCCUGCUUCGCUUGGCUUCGGACCACUUGGGCCCAGCGCAGGGUUCUGAUCUCCGAGGCUGUGAUAUGCGGAUCGGCCGUGCUAGCAGUUUCCGUUGUUGCGGACCGCCUAUUCUACGGAAUCUGGACAUUCCCACCACUUCGAUUCCUAUACUUCAACGUCGCGCAGUCGCUUGCGGUUUUUUACGGCAGCAACAACUGGCAUUACUAUGCCACGGAGGGCUAUCCACUUCUGCUGACCACGUUGCUGCCUUUUGCAAUCCUCGGGCUCUACCGCAAAUUGUCGACCCGGAAUUCUUCCCUCGGUGAUCCAAUACAGUCCGCGAUCUGUGUGCAAUUGGCAACAGUCUGCGUGGCGAUGCCUCUUGCUCUAUCUGUAAUCUCGCACAAAGAAGUGCGGUUUAUCUACCCAUUGCUUCCGGCCCUUCACAUCUUGGCUGCGCCUCCCUUGGUGCAAUUCUUCUAUCCGGCCCUCUACUCCCCAGCUCACUCCAUCUACCAGCCGCGCCGGCUAGUCUUGCUAUUCUUACUGCUUGUGAAUGUGGUUGUUGCCUUGUAUACCACCCUAUAUCACGCCAGAGGGCCGCUGAGCGUCCUCUCCUAUCUUCGUGGGCAGCACCAACAACACGCAAUCCAACCAGUAAGAAGAGAGCCGGAAGUGUUCAGGGACGUCGGAAUCUCCGUCGGCUUCUUGAUGCCCUGUCAUAGCACCCCAUGGCGAUCCCAUCUGGUACACCCAAGCAUCACCGCUUGGGCUUUAUCCUGCGAGCCACCAAUCGACAUGAACGCCACCCAAAAGGCCGUCUACCGAGACGAGGCCGACCAGUUCUACGACGACCCAGCAGGAUUCCUGCGCACCCAGAUGGCCGGUGGUCUCCGGUUCACCCCCGAAGCCCCCAGCUAUUACUUCAAAGAGGAAGUAAUCGAACCUCAUCUCCAUGAAUGGCCCGACUACCUCGUCUUCUUCGCUCAACUCGAUCCAACUCUUCGAACGCUCCUCCGCUCUUCGUACUACGAUGAGUGCUGGCGCACCCACAACACCGACUGGCACGACGACUGGCGGCGACGUGGCGACAUCGUGGUCUGGUGUCUGGAUACACAGGAGCAAGACGAAUGGCGCGAUGAGCGCUACCGCCGUGAUCAGCAAAGUCGGGAUAGGCAAUUCGAUCGCAUCAUAGAUGGAUUUAAGAAGGGCAAACAGCAGAAGAGCAGUUGGAGAGCUUUCCUUCCUUCGAUCUCCUCCCCUUCGCCCCCUUCAACUUUAGCCUCAUGGCGAAGCUCGAUACAAUCCGUGUUCUCUACCAAAUCUUCCAAAUCCUCAUUUGCUUGGCCUUGGAGACGGAAGACGCGCUGGGAGACCUUCCUGGAGAAUUUUGGGUUUGGACAGAGGACUUCGUGGUGGUCGGAUUGGGUUCCCUCUUGGUUCUCUUCUAAGAAAAGAGUGCCCACGGAACGAGAGCUGUUUGCUUGA